AUGGAGACGGUAACCCUCCUCUCUUCCCAGCUGAGGAGAAGCAGCGGCUGGGGUUACGUCAUGUCGUGUUUCUCCCAGGCCCGGCACACGGAGGACCCGGACUCCCCGCCAACGAGCCCCAUCAGCCCUGUGCCAGCCGCGCCCCACGAGAUCCCCAUCCCGCUCAGCCCCAUCGUCAUCACCACCGCCUCGCCGCUGGAUGGCAGGCCGGCGGUCUGCUCGCCCCUCGGCUCCCCCGUGGGCUCCCCGGGGGACGGGAAGGCCCGGCUGGGCUCGCCCACCUCGCCUAUCGAGUGCUCCAUCUGCUUCAACACCUACGACAACCUCUUCAAGACGCCCAAGGUGCUGCAGUGUCAGCACACCUUCUGCCUGGAGUGCCUGGCCCGGCUGACGGCCGCCCUGCCGCCCGCCCGGGCCGAGGACCAGCUGCCCUGCCCCUUCUGCCGGCAGCUCACCGACAUCCCGCUGGAGGGGCCGCCCGGCCUGCAGACCAGCACGGACCUGCUGGCCACGCUGCCGCCCGAGUUCCAGCGCGAGAAGAUGCUCUGGAUGGAGGGCACCAGGCUGUGCUGCCGGCAGUCGUCCGACCCGGAGAGUGCGGAGGAGCAUCUCAGCAUCGACGUGGCGCCCAGCAAGCCCGAGGUGCCCCCGACGCCCACGGAGGGCUUCAUGGGCAGGCUGGCGCGCUGCGACGUCUGCGACGACUGGAAGCGCGUGCUGCUGCUCUCGGUGCUGAUCAUCAUCCUCUUCUGCAUCAUCCUCUGGCCCGUCCAGUGCGCCCUCAAGACGGGCAACCUCCGCUGCUUCUCCCGGACGUUCACGGUGAAUUACGCGCCGCCCCAUCUUCCCACCUCCCCAGCCCCGACCUCGGGCACCGUCGGCCCGGUGGAGUGA